AGCACUGGAGCCUGGAGCAUACCAAAACUAGAACAAUACUGACUUGUGUUCAAGUCGCUCAAUCAAUCAUUUCAUAGUCUUAUAUUGUAAGAACAGUACCUAUUCAGAGCUACUGGACGCUUAAGUAGUACAAUAUGGAUAAUAGAGUCAAGUUCUUUUGGUUUUUGAGUGCUCUUUGUGUCGUUCAGAAUGUUAUCUGUGCAGAAUACCAGAAUGAAGCAUCUUUCACGCCGGUAGUGUUGUGGCAUGGGAUGGGAGACAGUUGUUGCUUUCCCUUCAGUAUAGGAGGCAUAAAGAAGAAAAUUGAAGAAACUCUGCCAGGUGUACAUGUCGUUUCACUGAAAAUAGGUAAAAACAUAGUUGAUGACAUGGAAAAUGGUUAUUUCAUGCACCCUGACAAACAGAUUCAAUAUGCUUGCGAUACUAUCAAAGGUGAUCCUUUGCUGUCGAAUGGUUUCAAUGCUGUAGGUUUCUCGCAGGGAUCUCAGUUCUUGAGAGCGUUGGUACAAAGAUGCCAAGAAGCUAAGAUGAAAAAUUUGAUCACCCUUGGUGGUCAACACCAGGGAGUGUAUGGUUUGCCUAACUGUGGAGGUUUGUCAUCCAAAACAUGCGACUAUAUCAGAAGACUUUUGAACCAUGCUGCUUAUUAUGGGUGGGUGCAGAAAACAUUGGUGCAAGCCACUUAUUGGCACGAUCCUCUUAACGAAGACAUGUACAAAAACUAUAGUUCUUUCCUAUCAGACAUAAACAACGAAUUGACUAUGAACCAGACGUAUAAAGACAGAUUGCUCACCCUGGAGAACUUCGUGAUGGUCAAAUUCCUCAACGAUUCUAUUGUUCAACCUGUCGAAACUGAAUGGUUUGGCUUUUACAAACCUGGACAAGCAGAAAUAGUAACUGAUUUGAGGUCCUCUGAUUUGUAUGUAGAGGAUCGGCUUGGUCUGAAACAACUGGAUGGAGAAGGAAAACUUGCCUUUCUGGGUAUAGAAGGGAACCAUUUGGAAUUCGAUUGGAAAUGGUUCAAUUCCACUAUCAUAGAGAAAUAUUUGAAAAACUGAAAUUUUUCGAAAAUAAAUGUCUAUUAUUUUUGUACAUUAUGUACUUUUGAUUCAUUCAAAUUGUGAUAGGAACUUAGAUACUCACAAAAGCUGCAGAUGUAGUUAUAGGUAUAAGCCUCAACUAUUCAAAAUUUUCAUUGAAGCCUUAUGUAAGUACAUUUAUUUAUCGUUAAACCAUACUACCUUAAAAAAAAAGUAUGCCAGAAACAACAUGUGUUGAUGAGUGGAUGUAAUGACUCUUUUCUAAAAUGUGUGUGUAAUUAUUAUUAUAGUUAAAAUAUAAAUCUAAAUGAACUAUUGGUCAAAUCAUUGUAACAUAUAUAUGUACACAUACAAUCUUUAUCAAUUACACAGUAGCUAUUCUCUAAUUCAAAGUUACGAUCAAAAUGUUGCCAAACCAACAACGGACUGGCCUAAGUUUUCAGUGUGCUGUAUUGUUAUUUUUGAGUACUUCGUUGAAAUAAUAAGAAAAGUCUGACUGAAUUGAUAUUUGUUUGUAGGUAUCUUUAUCUUUUAUGAUUGUUUAUAUUGUGUGAUUUUGUUGUUGUUUUUCUUGUUAUAACUUCUUAUACUUUUUGAUCUGGUGAAUAUGCACCACCAAUAGAAGAUCAGCUAAUAA